GUAAGAAGGUUCCUCUCGAAACUCAAAAGCUUAUCCUAAGCUCUGCAACUCCUCCAAUGGCCAUGGCAGCCAAGGCCCUGCCAAUGUAUCUUUAUCCUUCAAAUUCUUCCUUUCGCUUCAGAUAUCCUGAGCUCAAACCCUCUAUUUUUCCGUUCAAAAUCUUGAGAAUUCAAUGUGCCAAGAGGUCAGAGAGGAAGGGGAAGCUAAGGUACCCCUCGGAGAAGAAGAAGCUUAAGCUGAAGAACAAAACCUUAACUGAUGUCAAGAGCAAGGAUGAGGGUUUCUGGAGGUUAUCUAAGCUUGGUGUUCCGGUUCACAAGGACCCGGGAAAAGAUUAUCUCGGGAUAUCAGAUGCUCUGCUUGAGGAGAUUGCUAAAGUUCUUGAAUUUCCGGUUGCUUCCAUGUUGCCGCCUGAAGCUUUCACUGUCAUUCGCAAAUCUUUUGAUGCAAGGAAGUUAUUGAAGGAGCCCAAAUUUGUAUAUACUGUGCACAUGGAUGUCAAGAAACUUUUGGAUUUGGAGCCUCGCAUGUGGGACUUUGUUUCUCAGUUGGAACCUGAAGUUGGGCUUGUAGAGCAUAUGCCUCAUGAGAGAGUUACUGGUGAUUUGAUCAGUAUAAUACGUGAUUUCCAGAGGACUGAUGAAGGAAAGGGAUUAGAAAGUGAUCACAGCAUCUUCUCUGAGGGUUCAUGUAGAUUUGGAACUACGGAAAAACCAAAAAUUGUAGUUGUGGGUAGCGGGCCAUCAGGAUUGUUUGCAUCUCUAGUGCUUGUGGAACUUGGUGCUCAGGUCACACUGAUAGAGAGAGGUCAAGCUGUGGAACAGAGAGGGCGUGAUAUUGGUGCUUUGAUAGUUCGUCGGAUUUUACAGUUGGAAAGCAACUUUUGCUUUGGGGAGGGUGGUGCAGGCACUUGGAGCGAUGGAAAACUAGUAACUAGAAUUGGAAGGAACAGCGACAGUGUUUUGGCUGUUAUGAAAACAUUGGUUCAAUUUGGAGCACCACCAAACAUCCUGGUUGAUGGAAAACCUCAUCUGGGAACAGAUAGAUUAAUCCCAUUACUGCGCAACUUCCGACAACAUCUACUGGACUUGGGUGUCACUAUCAAGUUUGGGACGAGGGUAGACGAUCUGCUAGUAGAGAAUGGACAGGUUGUAGGAGUAAGAGUUUCAGAUACAAGAGAUGAAUUGCUUUCCAGUAGCCAGAACUUGGGAUGUGAUGCAGUUGUUCUCGCCGUUGGGCACUCUGCUCGUGAUAUAUAUGAGAUGCUUCUUUCUCACCAUGUUAACUUGGUCCCAAAAGAUUUUUCUGUUGGAUUGAGAAUUGAGCAUCCUCAAGAACUUAUAAACAGAAUGCUGUACUCUGCAUUUGCCACUGAAGUUCAAAAAGGAAGAGGAAAGGUACCAGUUGCAGAUUACAAGGUAGUCAACUAUGUUGAUGAAGGGGAUAUCCGUACGGUCACCAGUUCAGAUGAGACAAGUCGUAGUUGUUAUUCCUUUUGCAUGUGCCCAGGUGGGCAGGUUGUUCUCACUAGCACAAAUCCAGCAGAACUUUGUAUCAAUGGGAUGUCAUUUUCUCGACGUGCAUCAAGAUGGGCAAAUGCUGCUCUAGUAGUCUCUGUCUCAUCAAAGGAUUUUGAGGCAUUGGGAUGUUACGGACCUCUUGCUGGGGUUGAAUUUCAGAAAGAAUUUGAACGAAGAGCUGCGGAAAUGGGAGGGGGAAAUUUUGUGGUGCCUGUGCAGGCUGUGAAUGAUUUUCUUGAAAACAAAUUAUCAGUAACAUCUGUACCACCAUCAAGUUAUCGUUUAGGAGUGAAGGCGUCAAAUCUUCAUGAAUUGUUCCCUUCUCAUAUAACAGAGGCCUUGCAACAUUCAAUCUCAAUGUUCGACAAAGAGCUACCAGGCUUCAUCUCCAAUGAUGCACUUCUGCAUGGAGUGGAGACAAGGACCAGCUCUCCUGUGAAGAUACCGCGCAACGUUGACACCUACGAAAGCAUGUCACUGAAAGGAUUGUACCCAAUUGGAGAAGGUGCAGGUUACGCUGGUGGGAUUGUAAGUGCUUCUGUUGAUGGAUUAUAUGCCGGCUUUGCUGUGGCAAAAAAUUUUGGUCUGUUCAAGGGAGAUAUAGAAUUAAUUUUGGGGAAGGCUUCUAGACACACUGGAUUCGUGAAAUAUUGAGAACCCUUCACUGUUGAUUCAGCUUUAGUUUUUCCCAGCAGCUUAAUCAUAGUUGGGCAACAAGGCCUUCGAUCAUGAUUGGAACGCUCAACAAUUGGAACAUGGUGUGGGAAGGAAGAAGAGUGUAUCAUUGUCACCAUAAGAAAGUAUAUGAAUGCCAAAUGAAAAUUUU